UGUUAACGACGAAACGAACGCCCUAGUUGAGCAAGGCCACAUCAUAUCCUUCGCUGCAUGAUCGCAGCUUCCCGCAUCCUAUCCGAAUCCGUCAUCGAUCUCUGGCACCACAGCAUCAUUGUUUUUCAUUCAUCAGUGUAGAGUUAUCAUAAAGUAGAGUAGUGAAUCGUGCGUUUUUCUUCCAUCCCAUCACUGCUGCAUAAUGCCAACCACCUGUAAAUUUCGACUGCGAAACGAUGCCAAUAAGGUGUACUAUUGUGGAGAAAAGCUGGACGGCAGUGUCGACCUUACUUUUACGGAAACGAAAAAAGUAAACGGAAUCAAAUUGAUCAUUGCCGGUGUUGCCCACAUCAAAUGGCUACAGUACAGGGGACCAAACCGAUACAGCACCACUUUCAAGGGAAGUGAAGCAUGUCUGCAUUCCGAAAUAGAUCUGCUCAGAGCUGAAGGUGAAACAACGGAUGUUCCAGCGGGGAAGCAUACCUAUAGUUUCGACUGUUUCCUGCCGGAAACGCUUCCUACCACCUUCGAAGGCAAGCACGGCCGGAUUCAAUACAUCCUAACGGUGAUCUUGCAACGAUCCUGGAAGGCGGAUAAAAUUUUUACCAUCGAAUUCAUCGUAUUGCGCAACGUCGAUCUCAACUUAGAACCUACCUCGAUUCGUGGCCCGGCCCGGGCCGAAAUAAGCAAAUCGUUUCGCUGCUGGCCUUGUAGAACCGGUCCAUUAUUGGUGACUCUGCAAGCCCCAGUGACUGGCUAUGUAGCGGGCCAACGUAUUGCGGUGAUGUUAGAAAUACACAACGAAAGUAGUUCCAAAAUUCAAGUUGUACAUUUGAAACUGGUCAUGGUCGUUUCCUAUACCAGCGAUACUCCUCGGGCGAAGAUCAAAAGCGAUCGCGAGGAUGUAGUCAAUAUAGAGGUCGAACAGUUCGAAGAUUUGGGCGAUGGGUGCAAAUACGAGGAAAAUUUGCUAAUACCUGAACUGCCGGCCACAACCCCCAGUGACAGUUGCUGUAAGAAGAUCAAAAUCGACUACGAACUGGAAGCGGAACUCGAGGUAGGAGCCGUCCAUCAGGUAAUGAAACUGACCAUCCCGAUCACCAUUGGAACCGUACCGCUUAACUGUGACCGCCGGGAAUCGACCAUCGUUGAGCUGGAAACCUAAGAAACUACGAACACAAUCGCAAAGCUCUGUUUUAUUUGAAGCGUUUUGUACUCAAUGUUAACAUUUAUGAAAUCAGAUUAUCUUGUAUGAUGUUUUGCAAAGUGUCUAAACUUGCUUGUUAAAUCGUUAAAAAUAUAUCACAA